AUGGCUGGUAACGUAUUACCCAACCUCAAAGGGUGCGUCUGUCUCGUGACGGGUGCCAGUCGGGGCAUCGGCCGUGGCAUCGCACUUGCCCUGGGCGGGUGUGGCGCCACCGUAUAUCUCACUGGUCGCACUCUUAAGCCUAAAGGCGACCCGAAGAAGGGUGAUGUGGGUGGGAGUCUGGAGGAGACGGCUGCCGACGUCACAUCACGUGGUGGGGUGGCUAUUCCCGUGGCCGUGGACCACUCCGAUGACAGCCAGGUGCUGAGUCUCUUCUCACGUAUUCGCUCCGAACAGAAGGGCCGCCUUGACCUACUCGUAAACAACGCCUACUCGGCGGUCAGUUACACUGCGUCACACCUUGGUAAGGGUUACUGGGACCUGGGGGCAGAUGAGACGGCAGCUGCAACAGCCUGGGACAUUGUGAACCGGGUGGGGCUGCGCAACCACUACAUUUGUGCUACUCUGGCUACCAGAAUGAUGCUGGAGUAUCGAGGCGAGUUGAACACCGACAGUGAGAAAGAAACGCAGGUUAGCGGGAAGGAGGAGGAGUCCCGGCCGAGCGACAGUCAGCGUCCGGGCCUCAUCAUUAACAUCUCCUCCCUCGGCGGUCUGAAAUAUGCUUUCAGUGUCGCUUACGGUGUUGGUAGGCCUUGUGAAUUGUUUUAUUUUUUGCAACUCGACAACUGUCUGUUCUUAACUUGCAUUUCCCGAUUAGUACAUUGUUUCCAGCAGCUUGGUGGGCAAGUAGGCCUUGAGGCUUUCCGGAGCUUACUCUUUUCUGGUACUGCAUACACUAGAACCGUGUUUAGGGACCCGGUAGUGUCUUCCACCUCCGCGCCACGCAUGAGGUCACGUGAUUGCAGUUCUCGGCCUGCCUCUGGUACAGCCAAUCACAGAUACUGA